CGCUCCCCGCCCGGAGCGACGCCAUGGAGACCUGCAUGGACUUCCAGGCGGCUGCGCCCUCCGCCCCGGAGCCGCCGGCUAUGGACACGGAGGAGGCGGCGGUGCGGCCUGGCGCCCCCGAGCUCCGUGUGGGUGGGGGGCAGCCAGACGGGCCCCCCUUCAGCACCCUGCUCACUGACUGCGGCUCCAGGCAGGACCUCUCUGUCCCUGAGGGUCAGCGGAGGGGUCCGGGGCCCAUCUCGGGCCCUGCUGCAGGCUCUGACCUCAAAGGAGGGGGAGGUGGAGAAGAACAAACUGAGCGUGGCCGGAGCUCGGGAAGAGAGCUGGAAGAGCAGGCAGUGACCACGGGGCUGCAGGGCGCUGCCGACUGGAAACCCAGCGGCAGGACUACCGCUCAGGACACAGGACACCUCCGGGCUCCCGGCAGUGCUGACCCGACAGGCAUGGAACUGGACGAGGCUCCCUCCAGCACUUUCCCCGGCAGGGCUGAGUGGGCAGAAGGUGCCGAGGAUGAACCCUCGGAGAUCCAGGGCCUGCUGGCGCAGCUAGAGACCCUCGACUCCAACCUCUCCGACCGCUCUCCCCGCUCGGAACGGGGCCUGCCGCUCUCCUGCGGCGCUGGCUCAGCCUCUCCCGCGGGCGAGCAGCCCCGGCGCGGCGGGCAGUGCCAGGGCCAGUGCGGGCCCUGCCUGCUGCAUGUGGCUAUGGGGCGGGGGCUGGAGACGCGGCCCUGCUGCCUGCCCUCCGCCUGCGCCCGGCCCUGCCACGGCCUGCUCUUUGCCGAGGCUGACCGGGAGGACCUGCUGAGCCUCCUGCGCUAUGAGGGGGGACUGCCUGAGGCCGGUGCUGAGACACCUUUGGCCCGUUCCAAUAUCCUGACCGGGACCGAUCUGGAGAUGUUGCAGGCUCAGGAGGAAAUGGCUGCUGUGGAGAAGCCUGACGGGCUGCAGAGGGCAGAGAGCUCGGAGGAAGGCCCUUCUGGUGGCUGGUAUUAUGGAGAAGGGCUCUGCGAGGUCGACUCCACCUAUGAGAGCAAUCAGGAAGGUUCCCCAGAGCCAGGCUGGGUGGCCCUGCCUCUUGCUUCAGCCCCAGAGGCAGAGCAGCCAGCGCAAAGCAGUGUGACUAACAGGGAAUCAUCAUCUUCCUGUGUGGCCUUUAAAGAGGUUCCAGGCCCUUGUGACCCAGAGGAGCUGCUGGAUGGUGUCAUUUUUGGGGCCAAGUACCUGGGCUCCACACAGCUGGUAUCGGAGAGGAACCCCCCAGCCAGCGUCCGCAUGGCACAGGCCCAGGAGGCGGUGGACAGGAUCAAGGCACCAGAGGGAGAGUCGCAGCCCAUGACGGAGGUGGAUCUGUUUGUCUCCACGCAGAGAAUCAAGGUGCUCACGGCUGACACACAGGAGGCCAUGAUGGAUCACUCCCUGCAGACCAUCUCCUACAUCGCUGACAUCGGCUCGCUCGUGGUGCUCAUGGCGCGGCGGAAGCUGCCUCAGCGCUCGGAGGGGGCGGAGGAGAAGCGACUCUACAAGCUGCUCUGCCAUGUCUUCCACUCAGCUGAUGCCCAGGUCAUUGCUCAGGCCAUUGGGCAGGCAUUUGGUGUGGCCUACCAGCGCUUCCUGGAGGCCAACAGCAUCGACCCCAGCGAGCUGAGCCCUCGCCAGUACAGCUGUGCCCUCAAAGACCAGGAGCAGUACAAUGCGGAACUGACUCACUUCUCCCGGCAGGAGAACUGCAAGGAUGUCUGCAUCCAGAAGCAGAAGGGAGAGAUCCUGGGCAUUGCCAUCGUGGAGUCGGGCUGGGGCUCCAUCCUGCCCACCGUGGUCAUUGCCAACCUGAUGCACAGGGGCCCUGCAGAGAGGUCAGGCGAGCUGAGCAUCGGGGACCGCCUCAUGUCCGUCAAUGGGAUGAGCCUGGUGGGGCUGCCCCUCACCACCUGCCAGAGCAUCAUCCGGGAGCUGAAGCACCAGACUGAGGUGGUGCUGAACAUUGUGCACUGCCCCCCUGUCACCACAGCAGUCAUCCGGCGCCCUGACUCCAAGUACCAGCUGGGCUUCUGUGUGGAGAAUGGCGUGAUCUGCAGCCUGAUGCGUGGGGGCAUCGCGGAGAGAGGUGGCAUCCGCGUGGGGCACCGCAUCAUCGAGAUCAACGGGCAGAGCGUGGUGGCAACGCCGCACGAGAAGAUCAUCCAGAUCCUGACGCAGGCAGUCAGCGAGGUGCACAUCAAGACCAUGCCAGCCUCCACCUACCGCCUGCUGACCGGCCAGGAGCAGCCUCUCUUCCUCUGAGCCACCUGCACUGCCUGGCUCUCACCACCUGUGCCUGGGGCCACGACAGGCUCUGUCUCCUGCCCCAGCACCCUCAUCAGAACCCUCUGGUCCUCAGAAAGGGCCUAAUCCUGCACCUCUUUGUUUUUGCUCAGGACACAAUGGGGAACUCAGGACCUGACAGCCAGCUUGAGCAGUGUCAGGUCUUACAGUGCCAUGAAUUGGGCACCUCCACCCCCUCUGUUCACCCUUUCCUGCUGCCUCACAGGGUCCCUCACCUUGGCCUAGUUCAGGCAGGAGAGGGAAGCCCAUCCAUCACCACAGACUGAAAACACUCACCAAUGGUGCCUUUCCCUGGGGGGGAUGGUGCUGGAAACACAGCACCAGGGCUUGCUCUACCGUGGCCCCAGAGCAGCAGUGUCCCUGCACACCAGUGUGUGGGUGCACACUGACACCCCAAGAGAAGAUCCAGCAACUCCCAGACUCGGCCUUCAAGGCAGCAGCAGCCCUGGCAGCCACUCCUCCUCUCUGGCUUUGCCAGAGGCUUGUCACGGGUGCAAAUAAAUUCCCUGUUAGGCCUUUUGCACUAAGCUGGGGAACCAGCCUUGCUUUUCUCUGGUUCUGCCUUUAAUUGCUCUGCAUACACAGCCUGGCCCCAGCCCAACAGGGCACUGCAGCCCUUGGGGCUGUCCCUGGGCACAGCAGAAGGGAAUGCAGCACGGCCCAGCCCCACGUCCUGGGGAGCCUGGGAUGGU